GAUCAUAAGGCUUACCGCCAUAUUCUCAUGGCCGCUGCUGGAAAAGCAGCAAAUAGCGGUAUAUUUAUUCUCUUUCAGAUACAAAAAGAAAAUCAGUACCAUUUGUCUUAUUCAAACAUCUUUUUAUUUUUGUCCUCUUUUUUUUCUAAUUCAUUUUUCAAUAUUACCAGUAUUUUAUUAUUGAAUUAAAAAAUACAAACGGAUUUCCCUUGAAGAUAAAAAGACCAAAACAAAGUAAACGAUUGAAAGAAAAUUCUUUUUUAAAUUUGGAGAUUAUUUCAGAAGCUACUUGAAUUCUGCAACAAAAACGCGAUUCUAAACCUAUGGAUCCUGUCGGGAGUAACUGCAGUGAGUCCAGUUUGGCUAACUCUAGUGUAUCAUCCGUUGUCACCUCGGAUGAUACCAAGGAUGGUGAGAAAACACGUGAAGCUGUUCAUGUUGGUCCAUCAAUAGUACCAUCAGCGGACAAAAGUGUUACUACAACGAAACCUCAAGUUCAGGUAGUUGGCGGUAGUUCCGGUCAAGGCCUAGUGGCAGAAAGUAAAGAUUCUGUAACCAGCUCGACUCCAACAGAACUAACUAGCAGUGUUGAUUCUUUAAGUAGCAGUGUGUCUAACACUACUAAUGUUAGUUGUAGUAAUGUCAUUACAGGUAACACUAAUAUGACCGGUACCAAAACUCAAAGUAUCGGCGACAUGAAAUCCGUAACUCAGUUUAUAGAAGAGAUAAAAUCUGUGAACGACUUGAUAAAUUGCUCUACUGAUUCCACUUCAAAGACUGCACCUUCAGGAUCUGUUUGCAAUCAUAAUGGUGGAACAAAUAUUGGAGGAGCUAACCAUUUAGCACAACCUGCUGCCAUUUUUGGUUACCGAAGUUCUAACAACACUCAGAGAAUAAUUCUUGAAGGAAAUGAUCGUGCUAAUACCUUCAGUGUCAAGAGUAAAGAAGUGGAGGUUAUUACUAGCAGAUUGAGUAGCAAUCCAGAAAAUCAAGCUGGGAGCAACAAGGUGAAAACAACAACAGUUGUGAAAUUUGAGUGGGAAGCUCGGAAAUAUUUAGGCAACCUCGUUGCUGUUCACAGAAAUGGUGUGUUUGUUGCUUAUUGCCUUCGAGGUAAAUCUGGUGCUAAUGUACGCAUACUUAAUCGGAAAACUGCUGACAGGACAUUAUUAAAAGAUUUCUGUGGACGUGUGACUGACUUGGCUUUUGCUUUCACUGAUAAGAUACUGCUUGCAGCCAUUGAUGAAAUGGGAAACCUUUAUAUACAUCAAAUUACUGGAGCCUCAGAGGGCAAAAUUCAAUCAAAAUUAUUGCUGAACAUUGUCUCAUACAAUGAUAAUCAGUCUGAAUUUCACAGAGUCUUCUGGUGUCCAUACAUUCCUGAUGAAUCUGAAGAUGAUACUUCUCAGGAUAAUUCUUUUUCUAAGAUGCUUCUUAUCACUCAUGGAGAAAAGGCUGAAAUAUGGAAUGUAGACAUGGUAUGCCAAAAAUAUGGCACAGAUAGUGUAAUGUCUAAUGAAGUAACUUGUGGUGUGCUGCGAAUUAACAGUCAUACAAAGCCUAUUGCUGAUGCAGCAUUUUCACCUGAUGGAUCAGCACUUGCUACAGCCAGUAUGGAUGGCAUGGUUAAAUUUUUCCAGAUCACCAUGAAUGAAGGUCCAUCUCCCAGUAAUUCCUGUAAUUUCAGAAGACUCCAUGAGUGGUCACCUCAUGGAGGACAGCCCCUUUCUUGUCUUUUCUUCCUUGAUGAUCACCAGAACCCUCAUCCUGAUGUCUCUUUUUGGAAGUAUGCUGUUACAGGAGGUAAUUACAAUCAGGAAUUGAAAGUAUGGAGUUGUGUCUCCUGGACCUGUUUACAAACAAUUAGAUUCUUAGAUCCACCAUCACAUCUUGAGACCAAAACUGAGCUUUGCAUGAAAGUUGCAUUAGAUUUAAGUGCACGAUAUUUAGUUUUAACAGAUUUCCGACGCAAAGUUCUGUACAUUUUGAACUUGCACCAAGACCACAAAGCUGAAACAGUUUAUAUAUCAUCAAUCUCUGAAUUCCUACUUGCCCGACCAUGUCUUAGUUUUGCUAUACUUGAUGCCCGUUCUGAAAAAUUCCGUCAGUCUCUUGAAGAUGACACAUUUCUUGAAGAAUUGACUACUGGAGAAAUUGAGCAGGAUAAUUCUAAGAAACUUUUUGAGGAUGAAGAUAGUACAAUAGUUGAUGGUGUUCUUGUUGAGCUGUAUGCUGUUCAUAGCACAAUAUUGCAAGAGCUUAAUAUUCGAUUCAAAACUGAAGUUGCUCACUCUGACAGUGAAGUUCAGGCUGUUGGUUCUAAAUCACAAGAUGGGAUAGUUUUAAAAGAUGGACUUUCUGAUGUCAGUAAUAUUAUGGAUACAUCCGUCCCUGAUUCCAGUGAGUCUUCUCGUGGAGAAAAAGCUCCUGUACUUCUCACACCUGAUGCCUUUACUAGUAAACCCUACUCUCUCCAAACUAUUUCUGCAAAUAGUAGUUUUACUCAAGUUUCUGCGAUGGAGGACAGUACAGAAUGUCACCCUCUUGCAACAGGUGUGGGAAGAAAUGGCAAUAGUGAUGCUGUUGCUACUGCUGCUGUUAGUGUUACAGCUUGUAAUAAUACCGUGUCACAUACCUCCAGCCCUAAUAGCAGUCUAGUCUCAUCUCAAUCACCACUUAAGAAUAAAGAUACAAACAUGACUUCGGUGUCCACAAUUUCACCUGUGGUUUCUAUUGAUUCUUCCCAUUCACCAGUUGUAACUAAUCUACCAUUACAGAACAUAUUUUCAGAACCAACAAAGAUCAGUGUUGAAGAGCUAUUCAAGAUGAGCCAGCAAGUUUCGGUGAGCAGUCAAGCAGCUGUCGUAGUAAGUGGUUCAAUUACCAGCUCAGUUAGCUUAGAAGGAGAACAAGCAUUUAGAAAAACAAGGCGGAAAGAUUUUGAUGAGACUGAUAAAGAAGUUGCUGAAGUAAUGGGUGAUAAACAUGUUGCAGAUGAAGUAGAUGAAGUAUCUCCACUGGAAAUUGAGACUAGCAAUAUUGCUACAGAAUCAAAUGUUACAGCAAAAAUAUCUCCAAGAGAAUGGCCCAAACCACCAGAUGUCAGCACUGAUGGGCCUAGAAUUGCAUCUGAAAAAGUGUGCAAUGUGAGGGAAGGACAAGACAUCGAUGAUGAUGAAGAGGAGGAUGAAGACUAUUCACUUCUUGUUGAUGCAUCGUCAAAUUCAAAAGGAAAACAACCAAAGCCAUUAGCCAGGCAAAUACAAUUAACUAGUGAGCCAGCUGCCCCACCAAUUCAUGAAGCCCCUGUUCAGAUCAUCCGAGAAGUUGUUGAGCCACAAUCUUUAAAGGAUAUUCAAGCAAUGCUUUCUACUAUUAACAAUAAGUUAACAAGAUUUGAGUUGCUUUCUCAGCAAAUGCAAGAAUUGUUUAUACAACAGCAACAACAGUUGAAGCAGCAAGCAGCCUUACAACAGAUGGCAAAGGUUGCUGUUACUUUACCAGUCCUUGAGCAGCACUUAAAAAGCAUGGAGAAUCGAAUGACUGGACAUUUUGAGCGCUUAAUGCACCAACAGUCACAAAGAGAACACCAAAGAUACCAGGAGAUUUUGAAUGAAACUCAGUCGUAUGAUAAAAAGCAUGAAGCACUAGUUAAUACUCUUUGGCAAGCUGUGGACACAACUCUAAGGAAAAACCUUGAAGUAAUGGUUAAAAGUGAGAUGAAAAAUAACGUUCUUCCAACCAUGAUGCAGUCUUUGGAAUCUAUCAAGAUGGAUUUGACAAGAGAGGUGGCCCAGAAAUUAUCUGCUUCUGAUGCUAUUCUUAAAGAAAAUCUUGCCAAGCUUGUUCGGAAUAGACAAACUAUUGAAGCUAUUGGGUCAUCUGUUGGAGCUGCAAUUGAAGUGCCCAUUCAAACAGCAUAUCGAGAAUCAUUCCAGAAUAUUGUCAUCCCUAAUUUUGAAAGAACCUCCCAAAACAUGUAUAACCAAGUACACGACACAUUCCAAAAAGGAACCAAAGAAUACUUGGUUCAACUUCAGCAACACUUAGAAGUUGGUCGUCGAAGACAAAUGGAGGUUUGGGAUCCUGUAGUUUCUCAGUUGCAAUCAACUGUUGAGAUGUUCAAAGGUUCAACUGAACACCUACACACUCAUUUAUUAUCAGUUUUGGAGAAAAAACUAGAAACUGUUGUUACACAAUCAAUGAAAGGACUGAAAGACACUUUACUUCAACAUGUACGAGAAGUUGUGAAGGAUGAAGUGAACAAAGCCAUGCGACUCCAAGGAAACACCAUUAGUGACAAUGUAUUAAGCGCAAUGCGUUCGGGAGCUGUGACCCCAGUGCCUGGUACUCAAGAUGUCCACAUAUUACAAAAUCAGAUACUGCGACUUUUAAACCAGGGACAGAUAAAUGCUGCUUUUCAACAGGCCUUGUCUGCUGCCAAUCUAGAAUUGGUAAUACUUACUUGUGAGAAAGCUAAUCCAGAUCAAGUCUUUGGACAAAUUCCUUUCCCAUUACAACAACCUGUUCUUCUAUCUUUGAUUCAGCAACUAUCAGCUGAUAUUGAAACACACACUCUAUUGAAACAAAAGUAUUUAGAAGAGGCAAUUGUCAGCUUAGAUACAACCAACCCAAUCACUCAUGAACACAAAAGAAGUGUGCUCAGUGGCCUUAUCCCUAAAUUGAACAAUUUCAUCCAAUCACAUCCAAAUUCUCCUGAUCGCCGAUCAAUCAAUAAACUCCUCAUGCUUGCUCAGGCACAUCUUAACUAAAACUUAAAUUGAAAACUUUUCCACAUUCUUUUGCUCUUCGACCUGUAAACCUGGGUCACUAUUUGUCAGGUCUGCUCAUUGGUUGCAGAUAUGUAUCUGGACAUUUUUUAAAAUUUAUAUUUUUUAAGUUCAAGUAGCUGAUCCUUGGUAAAAACAGAUUGUGGCUGUCAACUAGCUGAUCCGUGUUACAGAUUGUAACUGUUAACUGGCUGAUCCAUGAUACAAACAGAUCAUAAUUGCAGCUGUGAUAAUUUAGUCAGUUUCUUUCACAUAAUGCACUCACCAAUGCAUUUGCAUAUCUUCAUGUAUAGAAAAAAAAACCCAAACAAACCAAAUAAAAUAAACUCAUUAUAAUCAUUCUUUUUUAAUAUAGAUUGAAUUUAU